AUGCCCGAAUCAACUGGCACAGUCAAGCUGGACGCAUAUGGCAGCAACGGAUACAGGGCGCCAGACCACUGCGAGACCUGCGACGUUUCGGUGCCUGACCAAGAAGCGCGUCGCAAGCACAUGGAGGAAACCUCGCAUCGCAGGUGCCCGCUCUGCAAGGGUUAUGUCCCUCUGGGAGGCUUUUACACACACGCAUUCAUCAAGCACGGAGAUGAAUAUUGGAACGAGCACCAGGUUGCCUUCACCGAUAGGCAGGACUUGAAAAAUGCGAAGUCUUGGGCGGUGCCGAAACAGUCAAAAGAUGAAGAGUAA